GUGGCGCAGAUGGCAACGAAGCACCAUCCGAAUCUGGUGCGGCUGCUGGGGUAUGCAGUGGGAGGCCAUGUGAACACACGGGUGGAGAACAUUCUCGUCUACGAGUUCAUCGCCAACGGCGACCUGCGCACCUGGAUCGCCCCAGAUGCGCCCACAAGCUUGACUCUGCAGCAGCGGUUGGGCAUCCUACUAGGGGUGGCGCGUGGGUUGGAGUAUCUGCACAGCUUUGGCCUCGUGCACCGCGACAUCAAGCCAGCCAACAUCCUCAUUGAUGCACACAUGCAGGCGAAGGUGGCAGACUUUGGGCUUGUGCAUGUGGGAGAGGGCACAGCAACGGGCACGACAACGGGUUUUACGCGAGUGCUGGGAACGGUGGGCUAUGUGGACCCUGCUUACUCGCUGACACACAACGCCACCACCGCUGCUGACGUUUAUAGUUUUGGUGUGCUCAUGCUGGUGAUGCUGUCAGGCAGAGGAGCAACCAUCAACACGAUGAGCCCAGGCACUGAGCCAGACGCCUGUGCCAGCCACGAGCCAAUUUCCAUCUCGAAAUGGGCAACUGAUGUGAUGGCUGCAGGGAAGAUUACACACCUCAAGGACCCCCGCAUGGAAGCACCAGAAGACAUCACCUUGCGCCUUGCCCACCUCGCUGUCACCUGCACUGCCAUGCCCACUGCCUCCCGCCCGUCCAUGUCCCGAGUGGCCCAAUACCUGGAGAUUAUGCAAGAGGAGGUGGGAGAGGGGGACGCGAGAGCGCGAGCAGCAGCGAGGGUAGACGAGAAGCUGUCGAGUCAGCGGUUAAGAAGGAGCAUGGAGGAGGACCUAGCACUGCUUAAUGAACAAGUCAUGCAUGAGGGUGAAGCAACGGCUGUCUUCACGCACAAUUGA